AUGGUGCUUCUCACUUCCUCCACGGUCUCCGCCAUCAUUUCAAUGGCGGUGAUCGCGUUAUUCACCAUACUAUUAUUCUUCUCCGGCUACGUUUUACAACAACAAUCAGUGCGAAAUAUCCAAAACGCGAUACGACCUCGAUCGGACCCCGCUUCCUUAAAAGAUCAUGGAGCCGCAUUCCCGAAAUCACAGAAACGUGGCCUAGCGGGACCAGAUCUAGGGCUAGGAGAUGAUCAGGGGAUCCUCCAAGGAAGUCAAAAUAGUCGCGCAAAGGGAAAUUACGCGUAUCUGCAAUUGCUAUCCAGCCCAGACCCAUCCGACAUCUGCUCCGCUAUUCUCUUCUUCAAACAAUUGGCGACAAAUGGGACCGCUGUUCAAGACCGCCUCUUUAUGUACCCAGAACAGUGGGACCGCAUGUCCGCUAAGAAACUCGGAAAGCCGGCAUCAGUUGCACUAUCCAUCUUACACGCAGCGAGCAUCAAGUACGGUAUCUGGCUGCUCCCUAUCGAUAUGACAGCUGCCACGUCACAGGGCUAUGAGACGACGGAUACCAAGUUAUUACGUUUAGGGCAGAUCCAGUUCAUGCAGUACGAUAGUGUGCUGUAUGUACAGUCACCAGGCAUAGUCCUCGACACGGAGCGACUUGAUGACGUCCUGCUCUCACGACCGCUUCCAGGAAGGCACGACAAGAAAAGGCUUGAGUCAUUCAAUAACGAAGCGUGGAUUCCAAUGGCCCUUCGUGCAGAGCGCGAUGAUCGUCUGCCCCCGGUCUACUUGAUCACGGUCAACAAUGUUGGCGGUGGGCAUGUCCAAGCCCGUACACACAUACCCAACGUUGCUCUUCCGGGGUUUGGCAGCCUUAUCACUCCACCGUGGGGGUACAAGCCUGGAGAUACCGGCGAUGAGACCAUUCAACAGCCCGCUUAUGUUUAUUUUGAGAAUGACCGCGACGGUCAAGUCAAGUGGGCUGGAAACCCACUCUUCGGAACCUGGCGAGCCCAGCAGUCCGAAGUAUGUGAAGGACUUGAUCUUGAUGAUGACAUCUACCACGAGCAAUGA